AGCGCGCCCGAGUCCGAAAUACAGAAAUCAUCACCGCAAAGAUAUUAGACUUUGAGUCUCUACAAUACAAAUACCCCUUUCCGCCUUUGCGCCAUCCACCCACGACAAGACGUAGCGCGAGAGGAUCGACAAUCGACGUGCUCGGGCAACCACGAAGAUCCCCCCCUGAUCGGAGAAACAAACAAGGACCCUAUCUCGCCAGGGCAGCAAAACGAAUCGCUACUGAUCAGCGCCGUCAUUAGACCGUGGGCAGGAUGGGUCAGUCAAUGUCAUGGUUGAGCGGCCUGCUCUGGUCGAAGAAGGAGAUCCGCAUUCUGAUUCUGGGACUGGACAAUGCAGGCAAGACGACACUGCUGUACAGGUUGAAGGUUGGAGAGGUCGUCACAACUAUACCCACCAUUGGCUUCAACGUGGAAUCCGUCACAUACAAGAAUCUCAACUUCAAUGUCUGGGAUCUCGGUGGCCAGACUAGUAUUCGCCCGUACUGGCGGUGCUACUAUGCCAACACGGCGGCCGUCAUCUUCGUCGUCGACUCGACCGAUAUCGAGCGUCUACAGACCGCCUCGGACGAGCUCGCCACCAUGCUGAACGAGGACGAGCUCAAGGACGCGGCGCUGCUCGUCUUUGCCAAUAAGCAGGACCAGCCAGGCGCCAAGGGUGCGGGGGAGAUCUCCGAGGCGCUGCGUCUCGGCGAGCUGCGGGACCGCAACUGGAGUAUCAUGGCCUGCUCGGCGGUGGACGGGAGCGGUGUGAAUGAAGGCAUGGACUGGCUGGUGCAAACCGUGAACCAGGACUAAGGCAUCGGAUCCAUCAGCACGAAGCAUUCUUUCUCUUCCUUAUUUUUUUGUACAACACGAAUGACAUGAUGAACACACACACGCGCACGCAGAGAGACAGACUUUUCAUCUAUACAAAGUACACCUGCAUUAUGUCAUGGGGCAAAGCGAGGAGGGAACAUUUCGGGGCCCAGGGGCGUGAUCAGGCACAUUGAAGGCAUGAGACUACUCCCCGAGACGCGUCCGGGCACGUGAGGCUCAACCUUACACAACGAGGCGGGAACGAUAGCGCAUUUGGGAUAUGUACGACUUUCUAAUGAUAACACCUCGGGGCGAUAUCGAGGCUUUUGCUUC